AUGCCCCUGCCCCUAGACCAUAACAGUUCUAAGAUGAUUAUUAUAAUCUCACUGCUCAAUGAGCUUGAGGAAGAUCAGGCAUCAGGCUUCAGGAAGAUGGGUCUCAGUGCAACAGCCAUGAAUGGUGAGAAACUACAGGAGCAACCAAACCUGAUCAAGGAGGUGAACAGCGCAAGCAUAGGCUGCUGCUAA